UUUUUUUUACUUUCAAAAUGAUAAUCAUAUAAUCUGUGAAAUAUUUUUGAUGAAACACAAAUUAGGGCUGGAACCUGUUACAGUGUGUGAAACUAACUUUUCAAUCCUGUAAACAUUCUGUCCACAAUCAUUUUAAUUGUCUAUAGACCACACCAAUUAAUUGCCGAAAUAAAAACACUAAAAUUUGCACAUGAAAACCAAUCACUGAAGAUGAAAGAUAUACGGUGGAAAACCUUGCAAAUAUUACGAACAUUGAUUCUUCAGCUUUUUUCAACAGUUAAAGCUUCGGAAAGUUUGUGCUUGGUGGGUUCCCCUCACCUCCUUACAGAAGAGGUCCUAUGGUGAUGUUGGGUUAAAAAGAGGUCCUCAGUACCCCUUGUUUGUCGUAAGAGGUGACUAAAUGGAAUGGUCCUUUGGAUGAGACCGCAGAAAUCGAGGCUCUGUGUCACAGCAGGUGUGGCAUGAUAAAGAUCACUCCCUGCUCAAAGGCCAUAAACACCAAUGCUAACCUAGUCCUUAAUUUUGCACCCCUUCACCAGCAAUGGUGACAUCUCCAUAUAUGAGUGAGAGAUUCUCAAGCUGGACGUUAAACAAUAUACAACCAACCUUAGGCCAAUUCAACUUAAUUAGUAGAUAAUCAUCCGGGGUCACAAAAAAAUAUGGGAGGAUUUUAUUUUUUCAUUUUCAUUUCCCAGGGGGGAAAAAUUAAUGACAUAAGGCCUCACACAAAGUGUUAAUCAAGUUAACAUUCAAAGAAUCCUUGGUAGAAGAUAUAAAACCAACAUUCUGUGACUUGAUUCAUUCACUCCAGUCACUGGGACACAAGUUUGUUUAAAAUCUUAACUUUUGUGAAAAUAAAACAAAAAUUGGGGUGGGGCCAUUUUUUGAGGGGCAGGCGGGGAUGAUAAUCUAUCAAUUAAUUUUAAUUGGCCUUACAGAGAGCAAAUAUGUGUCCAUAUAGAAAUGACCACCCAGUUCCUUAGCAAUUAUGAAGAUUGGGAUUAGUGGCAAUUAGAGAAGAUCGCUACUGGUAGCGAAACUUGCAUUUAUUAUCAUUUCAGCAAAAUUGACCAAGGCCUGAAGGGCACAUGAAGAUGAAAGCGAAAGUACAUACUGAGGUGAUUCUGUUCCAUUCCCCCAUUUUUUAAAAAUGGAAUACUCUGAUUCCAUUGAUUCAUUAUUAGAAUGUAGAACAAUUUAUCAUAAAAAGGGGUGGGCAGAAACAAAUCAAUGUAACAUAGACUUUAUAUGACUUGAUCAGAUUUCCUAUAGACAAGUUGGCUUAUCAACAUUCUGAUUGAUAUAGACCGACAGGAUUUUCCAUAGACAUUGUCUAUCGGUCCACCAUUAAUUUCACACACUGCUGUUAGAAUUAGGGUAAGAAUGGGGUUUUAAUUAACAUAGUUGUAGAACUGUGGCUCUGGACGGAAAUGGAAGAGACCAGAAAACUAAACAGAAUUAAAACCCUGUCUUUUUCAGCGCAUGAUUCAUGUCUUAUGUCUCCACAUUUUCGAAAGCUCCAUCUCAGAAGGGAAGGGAAAUUUUUUCCAAAUUUCACAUAGUAACAUAUUGUGCCGAAGAAAUACAUGUGUUAAUUUAAAAAUUAGAUGUACCGAAUUUCUUCUCUUGCUGUUCAGUGAUGGUUCCUUCAAAUUACUCCUCAGAGACUGUCAAUGGAAUUUUUAAAGAAAUUCAUGAUAGAAAAAUAUGUAUGUAAACACACUGCACUGCCCACAUCAGUUUCAAAAAAUCUAUAACUCCCACCAUAAUUUAUGAUUUUUUACAGUUUUUACCAGUUCACCCCUCCCUUUAGUAAUAUUCCCUGCAAAAUUUUUGACAGCCAAGACAAUGUGCAUACCAUAGAGGAACAUGUCAGUUACCUACCUGUACAUAGUCUACUAGCUGCCAUUCGUCUCUUUGUCAACCUUGUCCAUGUGCUGUCUGUGAAUUUCGGUGUCACAAUUAUUAGAUAAAAAUUAGCCUGAUUGACAGCUAGCUUUGUUUUACAUUUGACUUCUGAUAACCAUGAGCUUAAUUAGGAUGAGGACAUACCUAAAUUACAUUAUCUUCUUCAACAUGAACACUCUCAGUCUGGCAAAUCAUCAUCUGUAAAAAUCAUUUCAGUAAUUUUCAUAACAAUUAUACAGGCUUUGAUUUCUUGAAAACCUAUUUGUCCGAACUGGAUUUUCACUGGCUACAAUAAUGUAGCCCUAUCCGAUUUUUUUUUAUUCUGACGUUUUCAUUUUCUCUCCCCCCUCCCUCCCCCCCGCCAAAAAAAAGUCAGAGAGGGCUACAUUAUUGCAGCUAUACUUUCACUUGCCUGGAGCAAUCGGACAACUGUUGAUCCCUGGUAAAAUCUUUCAUCAGUAUAUGCACUUUCGGGGACUUUUAAGUUUUAAGAACAAAUCUUGUUUUAUACUGUUACUGAACAUUCAGAACAGGAUAUUUUUUUCUAGAUUCCAUAGCCCUUGGGACUAGUAAUACUUUUAACUAAUACUCAAGUGACUGUUAGGCCUAUGGGCCUCUUGUUUAUUUUUCUUUCAAAUCAAAGAUUACUCAAAUUCCUGCAAUUUUAAAUCAAGUUGAGUAGGCAGAGUUUCUCUUGAAAUUUUUUUGCAGAUCUUCUCACUUUUACUCUGUGCUUGAGGGUAUCAUGUAACAUAAAUAUUCAUUAAACAAUGUUAAAUGGUUUUAUUAUUUUGCAUUCAAGUGUCUUAGUGUUAACUGAUUUUGGCCAUACUCCUAUUUUUUUACAAGGGAAACUUAGAGUAGUUAUGCUCUUCUGUCCUUGUAUUAUGUGAUAGGCUUUUUAAAAAAAAUAUUCUAAGAGUAGCCUAUCAGAUAUGAUAAUUAUUUAUCUACUACCUAAGCAUUGAACUUUUUAAGGUCACUUAAUUCACUCAGGUGACUAUUGCUAUUGGUCUGUGUCUGUCGUCGUCCGUUAACAAUUGAACAUUUGAAACUUCUUGAUAACUACCAUUUCAAUUCUUUUAAAAAUUGGUAUGACGCAUCAUUGGGAUAAAAGGGACAUAACUUGUAAAUUUCAGGACUGCUGGAUGCCUGGGGUCUUAGGGGUAGGGCAAACACUGUCAAAUUUCAGAAAUCUUCUCUACUUCACAUCUGUAAGAAAGAUACAUUUGAUUUAAUCAAUAUGACCAUUUUGCCCCACCCUAGUACCAAAACCCCUAUCCCUAGGGUCAUCAAAUUCACAAUUUUGAUAAAUAACUACCUUAUACCUGCUCCAUUUAUAGUGUUAAAUCUAGGAUCUAGAGAGGGCACACAUAUCAUAUGUUCAAAAGGGCACUUUUUGUUGUGGCAAGACAAUUACGGGGCACUUUCAUUGUAUCAUACUAUGAUAGUAAUAGAAUAAUCAUUUAACCUCUUUGAAAGUUAAUACCUGCUGCCUUGAUUUUAAACUUUUCAAAUCAACCUUGUGAAAUAAAGAACAAUUGAUUAUGUUAACAAAUAUUUUUUUUAAAAUUAUAGAGAAAAAAGGGCAUGGUGCAAUUAAAAAAGGCAUGGUGCGGCUUUAGAUUUAACGCUUCCAUUUAGUUUCAAUUUUCAGCCGAGUUGCAACAAAGUUGAACUCGGCUAUUGUUUGGUGAUGCGGGCGGGUGGGCGUCAACAAUUAGUUUCCGGAUGAUAACUCGAAAAGUUUACAAUUUAAUCAAAUGAAACUUUGAUAUAUUGUUGGGUAUCAGGUAAGGAAGACCUCUAUUCAUUUUCCUCCAAAAUGGUCAAAGGUCAAGGUCACAGUGACCGAAAAUAGAAUGAAAAUUUCAGAAAAAUUUGGUUUCCGGAUGAUAACUCAGAAAGUUUAAAUCAGAAUCAAAUGAUACUUGAAGAUAUUGUUAUGUACCAGGUAAGGAAGACCCCUAUUGAUUUUGGAGAAAAUAGGUCAAAGGUCAAGGUCACAGUGACUGAAAAUAGAUGUAAAUUUCCAAAAAAAAUUGGUUUCAGGAGGAUAGCUCGAAAAUUUUUAAUUUGAAUCAAAUGAAACUUGGAUAUAUAUUGUUGGAUACCAGCAAAGCAAGGCCCCUAUUGAUUUUGGAGAAAAAAGGUUAAGGUCACAGUGACCGAAAAUAGAUUGAAAACUUCAGACAAAUAUGGUUUCUGGACAGUAACUCGAAAAGUUUAAAACUGAAUCAAAUGAAACUUGGUUAUAUUGUUGGAUAUCAGGUUAGAAAGACCCCCUAUUGAUUUUGGACAAAAAAGGUCAAGGUCACAGUCCUGAAAAAAGAUUGAAAAUUUUGGAAAUAUCUGGAUCUGCAUGAUAACUCUAAAAGUUUAAAUCCGAAUAUUCACAAUUAUAACUAUGUCACAUCAUUCCUGACUUUACAAUGUAUCCCAUGCAACUCGGCUCAUGCACCCCUGGGUGCAUAUAUCAAUAACAUGAAGAAGAUGUUUAUUAUGCAUUGAUCGUUUGUUAUGUGUUAACAUUUGAAUAUUUUUAAUGUCUUCUUGAUAAUUACCCUUCCAAUUCUCUUCAAAUUUGGUAAGAAGCAACUUUGAGACAAGGAGGACAUAAAUUUUUAAUUUCAACAUGUUUAAGACUCCUUUACCCCUGGGGCCUUUGGGAUGGGGCAGAAACUGUCCAAAAAUUGACCAAUUUUUAAAUUAAAAUCUCAACAAUUGCAUAUCUGUAAAAACUAAGUGCAUUACAAUAUUUUACAGAUAAUCGCAAGUCAUGUAGAGUAGCGAGACCUCUACCAAAUUUGUAAAUUCUGUGACAAACUCUUUUGACAUGAAUUAAUUUCUCAAUUUACUAAAUAUUUAGACAAAGAAAAAACAAACUGUUUUGAUAUUGCAUUAGUCUCAAUCUGAUACAAUAUUGCCAAUUGGGAGGUUUAGUAAUGGGAGGAAAUUAAUUGAAAUGGCUCUAUUAUCACUAUUGAUUUUGCUUUUGUGAUUCUUUUGUGUUAGUUUAUUGAACUAAAAACUGUUUGAAAACUGUAAAUGUUCUGUAUAGUUGUCAGAUCCUGCAGAGGUGCUGAUAACAUAUUGAUCACUGCAUGGGUUAUAAGUAAAAGGGUACCCAUGCAUCAUUGAUGAGUCGACAGAUAGAACAGCAAAAGGUCCAUCGGGGGAAUGUGAGUGAAAUUCACUGAGACUUACAUGCCCACUCACACUGAUAUGGAUAGAACGGUUUUAUUUAAUAAGAGGAUAUUGUAAUUCAGCAAAGGAGUUGUGUAAUUGUGUAAGAAAAAAAAGAAAAAAAAAGAGACACAACUAAGCCAUUAUUGACAAGGAAACUGAUUGACAAUGUGCCAUCAUCAAUGAGGUUUUGUUGAACUAAACCAAAGUUACGCAGCAUUGUGUGUUACUAGAGAAGAUCUGAGUAAUGGGUACUAAAUUCUCCAGGAUUCGGGAAUUUGUUGGCAAGAAGAGGUCAUCUUUUCAUAGCAUAGCCUCCUGUGCUAGCUCCGGUCCUAUUGAUGCACAGGAGACUGGACACGACCCAGCUGUUCAUGGUUCAAGGUUAGAGGACCGCUUCUACAACAAUGACUCCUUCCAGAGCCCCUCCACUGACCCCGGUGACCCGCAGCAGCAAGAGGCUGCCCUGAAGAUUCAGACAGAGUACCGCCGGCACCAUGCAGAACAGGAAGUUGACACAUUGAAGGAAGAGGACGCUGCCGUUAAAAUACAGUCUGGCUUCCGUGGAUACCAAGACAGACAGAAAGUUCUACAGAUGAAAGAUCCCGAGGCUUAUGCCAAACAGCAGAAGGAGGCUGAUGAGAGGCUGUCGAAGGGAGGAAGCAGUAAAGACGAAAGCGUGGAUAUUGAUCUCGAUGAUCCAGAAGUGGCAGAGGCAGCUAUCAAAAUCCAGGCAGGGUUCAAAGGUUACAAAGCUCGCAAAGAGGUCAAGGACAAGAAGGAAAAGACCAGCACAGGAAGUAAAUCAGGUUCCCCGUUACCCAGUGAGAAAGAAAUGGCAGAAGCUGCCACUAAAAUUCAGGCAGGGUUCAGAGGUCAUAAAACUCGACAAGAGAUGAGCAAGAAGAAAGCAGAGGUUAAGGAGGAUCAGGGUUUAAGUGAUUUAAACAAAUCCGAUGUAGAAAAUGCUGUCGUUUUGAUCCAGGCUGGUUUCCGUGGUUACCAGGCACGAAAAGAGAUGAAACCUCUGAUGGAACCAUCUCAACAGGAAGAGGAAGUAGAUAUUGACCUCGAUGACCCGGAUGUAGAACAAGCUGCUCUUAAAAUUCAAGCAGGGUUCAAAGGUUACAAGACUCGCAAAGAAUUUGUGAACAAGAAGGUAGAGAAUUCAGAAGUCACCCCUACUGGCAAACAAGGGCAGGACGAAGUCAUUGAUAUAGAUCUUAAUGACCCAGAAGUAGCAAGUGCUGCAGCUAAGAUUCAGGCAGGAUUUAGGAAAAAGGCUCGAAAAUCUGAUCAACAAAAGAGCAAGGUCACGAAAACCAGCAGCCCAGUACCUGUGUCCCAACCUGAGCCUGAAGAAGAAGAGAUCGAUAUUGAUCUCACGGACCCUGAAGUUGAGAAAGCUGCCCUUAAAAUCCAGGCUGGAUUUAAAGGCUUUAGAGCUAGGAAAGAUGCCCAUCAGGAUGACAAGGGAACAGAAUCCAAACCUGCGGAGGAAGCCCCUAGUCAAGAUCCGGACCUUACUAGCAAAGAAACAGAGGAAGCUGCUCUAAAAAUCCAGGCUGGAUUCCGAGGCUACAAAACCAGGCAGGAAGUAAAGGGACAAAUGGCCAAGGAGGAAGUUAAAGGUGAGGAAGCAGACAUUGAUUUAAAUGAUCCUGAAGUGGAAAAAGCCGCAACGAAAAUACAGGCUGGCUUCAAAGGAUACCAGACCAGGAAGGAAAUGAAGGAUAAAAUGGCCAAGGACACUAAAGAGGAAGGAAGGAAGGAAGAGGAAGUGGACAUUGAUUUAAAUGAUCCUGAAGUGGAAAAGGCAGCUACCAAAAUCCAGGCUGGAUUCAAGGGAUAUAAAACACGGAAAGACAUGAAGGACAAAAAAGAAUAAUUUUUUUUUUAUUAUUUACGAUAGGAACCAAUUCUAAUUCCAAUGAACAAUUCCAUAUAUAGUGCAGCUUGAUUUUUCACACUCUCUCCCUAGGCUUUUCUCCAUCAAGUUGUUUUAUAGAUUGUUUGUGCAUUUAAUUUACAUGCAGUUUUUUGCUCAUCUUUUGAUGAUUUUUAAUGACACAUUUUUGAAUUGAUGUAUUGUAAAUUCCUUGAGCUAUUUUCUGAAUGCUUUAUUUCUGUUUUGCAGACUGAAAUGUCUGAUAUACAGACCAAGGUGAAGGACUGAUGAUGCACACACAAUGCAAGUUUUUCUUUCACCUGUGUGUGGUGGACAAAUUUAGACUUUGCUGCAUUAACACCCAGCUUUGAGCUUCGUAUUUACUUGUAGUUAAAUAUUCAUGAACAAAAUGUUGUCAGGCAAUUUAAGUAAAAUAUCAAUUAUUCAAUUAACCGCCUUUUAGGGAAUAAUCCACUUUUUUUUCUUUAGCUGUUUAUUCUAAAUAAAUUCAUUAUAAACAUUUAUGAAUAAAUAUGUAUGCAUAUAUUUAAAAGUGAAAAUAACACGGAAUUCAUCACAUGUUUCACAACAGAUUGCUUUUAUCACAGUAUAUGAACACACACAAAAAAAAAACCCUGCAAGUCUGUAGUGGCUAAAUUCUGUUAUUUAAAAAAAAUGAUGUGUGGUGUGUUGGCAUUAGUUGGGGUGUAUGAACAAUAGAUGAACACCUGCUUACAGUUCAAAUUAAUUUUCCCUAUAUUUAUUGAUUUUUAUUAUAUUUCAUAAUUUUCUACAGUCUGUGAUUUUGUCUUAUAUUAAUCUAAUGUACAUUCCACUCCAGGUUAAUUUGUGAUCUUCAUGUGGGAAAAAGGAGACCCUACAAUCUUCUCUCUUUGUAGAACAAAGGACAAUCUAUUAAUUUCAUAUUUAUUAUUAUUUAUAUGUACAUGUUGGAUUUUGUCCAUUUGCAUUUUCUGAAUUCUGUAAAUACAGUUAUGUUGCUGUCUUAUACUGAAUUGUUUGUUUAAAUGAAAUAUAUUAAAUUUUGUACCGAAGAUAGUACAUAUUAAUGCAUAAA